AUGGAUAGGAUUCAGUUUACAGUUAACGGCAAAAAAUGUUCUGUGGGCAGCGAAGUUGACUCCGACGUUACGAUAAACGAUUACAUCCGUAACUUUCUGAACCUACGUGGUAUAAAAUAUAUGUGCAAAGAGGGAACUUGUGGUUCCUGUAUAGUCACCGUUGCUACUGAAGAUAUUUAUGGCCACCGAAAGAUAUUCUCUGUGAAUUCUUGUUUGGUCUCCAUCACAUCAUGUGAGGGUUGGAAUAUUAAAACUAUAGAAGGAAUUGGUGGCCAACAAGGUUAUCAUCCUGUUCAGAAAACAUUAGCAGAGUACAACGGUACUCAAUGUGGAUACUGCAGCCCUGGAUUUGUGAUGAGUAUGUACAGUUUACUUGAGAGCCAUAAAUACGGUUUGACCCAAACACAAAUAGAAGAUUCAUUCGGUAGUAAUACAUGCAGAUGUACUGGAUAUAGACCAAUUCUUGAUGCAUUUAAAAGUUUUGCAACUAAUAAGGCCAAUACUAAUCUUCCGGAUAUAGAGGAUUUGAAUAUAUGUAAAAAAGAAGCAGAAUAUAAGAAAGUAGGCGAAAUCGAAAUCAAAUGUGAUAAAAGUUGGUGUAUUGUCAGAAAAGAAAAUUUUGCAGAAAAGAUAAAAAGGAUUUUAUUGAAAGAUAAUCGCGUAUGGUAUCGUGUAUACGAAAUACAAGAUAUCUUCAAAGUAUUCGAAAUGGAAGGUACAGAUUCCUAUAUUUUGGUUAACGGCAAUACUGGAAGAGGCGCUGUGCCCAUUUUUGCAUUCCCAAAAAUCCUUAUAGAUAUAAGGCCAGUGCAAGAGUUGAAGAACUUCUAUAUAGAUCAGAACCUUGUAAUUGGUGCUGGAAUGGCUCUUAACGAUCUCAUAGAUCUUUUAGAACAAGUGUCGAAGAAACAUGAGGAAUUUUCUUAUUUGCAGAAACUCUCCGAGCAUUUAAACUUAGUUGCCCAUAUACCCGUUAGAAAUAUUGCUUCCAUAGCCGGUAAUCUGAUGCUAAAACAUAGAGAGCAAACGUUUCCGUCAGACAUUUUUCUGCUGCUAGAGACCGUAUGCUCUACUUUAACGAUUGCUAGCAUUUAUGGUUCUGAGCAAAUGACUCCAGAGGCUUUUCUUGACAUAGAUAUGACAGGCAAACUAAUAACGCAAGUUAAAUUCCCUCCAUUAUCAAAAAGGUAUAGGUUCAUAUCAUUUAAGGUAAUGCCUCGCGCCCAAAAUGCCCAUGCUCAAGUCAAUGCAGCAUUUCUUUAUGAGCUAGAUCCAAAUGAUCAAGAAACAGUAACAUCUGCUAGAAUAGUUAUAGGCGGACUAUCUUCCAAAUUUGUACAUGCAGUUAACACCGAGAAAUACUUGAGACGAAGAAAGAUAUUUACUAAUGAAACGUUACAACUGGCCCUGCAUGUAUUAGAAAAUGAGCUUACAGUUCAGGAAAUAAGAGGCUUUUUAUCAGCAGAAUACCGAAAAAAGUGUGCGCUAGGUUUAUUUUAUAAGGGCUUACUAAAUCUUAUCUCUGAAAAGAAACUAAAUCCGCGAUACCGAUCUGGUGCCAGAGAUUUUAGAAAAAGUAGACCUCUAUCAAAAGGAUCACAGGAAUUUGACACCAAUCCAAUCAUUUGGCCGUUAAAUGAGCCAAUGCCCAGGCUGGAAGCAUUGAUACAGUGCUCAGGAGAAGCUACAUAUGCAAAUGAUAUUCCCACUAUACCCAGAGAAGUAUUUUGUGCUUUUGUUCCCUCUGAAAUCGCAGUCGGAGAAAUUGAAGACAUUGAUCCAUCGUUAGCAAUUAAACUACCGGGUGUAGUGGCGUUCCUUUCACCAAAAGAUAUACCUGGUUCAAAUAAUUUUAUACCUACAAACAUUGAAGGUGGUUUAGUAAAAGAAGAAAUAAUUUGUGAACGCAAUGUGAAGUACUAUAAUCGACCAAUAGGUAUAAUUGUAGCUGAAACUGAGAAGCUUGCUUAUCGUGCUGCAUUACUCGUAAAGGCGAAGUAUAAAAACAUCAAAAAGCAACCGGUAUUAACAAUUAGUGACGCAAUUACUAGAGAACCUGAACGAGUAUCUGUUUUUAUUAUUAUUCCUGCUAGGGAUAAAGGUGUCAAUGUUCAGAAGGUAAUUAAGGGCCGGAAUAAUAUUUUUUGGCAAUAUCAUUAUCAUAUGGAGACUCAAACUUGUGUCACCAAACCUAAUGAAGAUGGAAUGGAAGUAUUAGCGGCAACCCAAUGGCCAGAUCAAGUACACGUUGGAAUAUCUCAAGUGUUGAAAAUUGCACAAAAUAGAAUAAACUUAUCCGUAAGAAGAUUGGGAGGAGCAUUCGGUGCCAAGAUGUAUCGAAGUGGCAUGAUUGCCUGUGCUUGUGCUCUUGUGACACAUUUAACGAAUCGACCAUGUCGCUUCGUUAUGAGUAUGCAAGCCAAUAUGAGAAUAGUCGGAGCACUUGAAGCAAUAGCCAUGACUGAACAUAUUAUGGAACGUAUAUCGUAUGAGCUCGAUGGAGAUCCCUUACAAGUUCGUCUUAGGAACUUAAAUCCGUUAUACACAGAUGUGGCAGAAAUCGUUUCGACUUUGAUUGAAGAUAGUGAAUAUAAAAAAAGGAGGAAGGAAGUCCAAACCUUUAACAAAUUAAAUCGUUGGAAGAAACGGGGGCUCAGAUUAGCACUUAUGAGCUGGCCUGCUUCAACUGUAAUGGAUUUUCAUAUCUUAGUGACAGUUUACCACGGUGAUGGUUCCGUGGAAGUAAGGCACAAAAGUUGCUCAAACUGUAGCAUACGUACUACAAAUUCCCUUAAACAAAGUGAAGAUUAA